ACAUCGGUGGUCAGUGUGAAUCUGUCCUUUUGGGGGAACGUUUUGUCUGCUGCGAAUUUCUCGUGAAAUUUAACCUCUAGGCUGGUGUUGGAGUAUCAAAUAACAAGAUGCUCGCUAACAAGUGUCAAACUGUACUCUCUAUUCGAAAAUUUUCACGACAAUUGUUUAAAGGACAUGCAAUUUCUUGGAAGAGAUGCCUAACCGUGUCUUUAGCGGAGGAACCAAAAAAGCCAGUGGUAAUAACAGAAAUACCAGGACCUCGAUCACGUAGUUUAUUCCAAGAACUCAAUUCGAUACAACAAGCUUCUUCCGUACAAUUCUUCGCAGACUACGAAAAAUCAGUAGGUAACUAUAUCAUGGACAUCGAUGGGAACGCUUUGCUCGAUGUUUAUAUGCAAAUUUCAUCGAUGCCCCUCGGCUACAAUCAUCCGGCUAUGUUAAAAGCUCUGGCAGAUCCGGUUAAUCAGAAAAUUAUAGCAAAUAGGCCUGCGUUAGGUGUUUUUCCUGGAAAAGAUUGGCCAGAUAAGUUGAAGAAAAUUUUGCUACAUAAAGAGAUUGCUCCACCAGGAUUAUCUCACAUCACGACUAUGAUGUGUGGUUCUUGUUCAAACGAGAAUGCAUUUAAGACAAUUUUUAUUUGGUAUGCUGAAAAACAAAGGAACGGUGCUCCAUUUACGAAAGAAGAAAUGGAAAGUUGUAUGACGAAUCAAGUUCCUGGUACUCCGCGAUUUUCGAUACUCUCGUUCAACGGUGCAUUUCAUGGACGAACAUUGGGAUCUCUUUCGACGACACACAGCAAAUACAUUCAUAAAAUAGAUAUUCCAGCGUUUGAUUGGCCCACUGCGUCAUUUCCUGCUUACAAGUAUCCCUUGAACGAACAUAUUCGAGAGAAUCAGCAAGAAGAUGAACGAUGUUUAGCCCAAGUAGAGGAGUUAUUCGAAACGUAUAAAACUGAGAAGAAAAUGCCAGUUGCUGGUGUAAUUGCUGAACCAAUUCAAGCGGAAGGUGGUGAUAAUCACGCGUCUCCUGAAUUUUUUCAACAAUUACAGCGUAUAACGAAAAAACAUGACGCGGCAUUGUUAAUCGACGAGGUACAAACUGGAGGCGGUCCAACAGGAAAAAUGUGGUGUCACGAACAUUUUAAUUUAGAUUCUCCUCCAGAUUUAGUGACCUUUAGCAAAAAAAUGCAAUUGGGUGGCUAUUAUCACGUCGAAUCCUUAAGACCUAAGCAAUCUUAUCGCGUGUUCAACACCUGGAUGGGAGAUCCUAGUAAAAUAAUAUUACUCGAAGCGGUAUUAGAUACGAUAAGGAAGGAAAAUCUUUUGCACAGAGUUACCACCGUUGGCGAUUACAUGUUGAAGCAAUUGACCAGCUUACAAAAUGAAUUUUCCACCAUCAUCAAUUCGAUACGCGGACGUGGAACGUUUAUUGCAUUUAACUGCGUCUCGCCGGAACUACGAGAUGCCAUCAUUAAGAAACUUUUAAGCAAAGGUAUUCAAGCCGGUGGCUGUGGAACUGCGGCAAUAAGAUUAAGACCUGCCUUGACAUUUACGGAACAACACGCAAAUAUAUUCUUGGAUACUCUUCGAUCUAUAUUAAAACAAUAAUAGUUUUAAAGAAAUGAUCCUAUGGUUUUAAAGAAAUGAUCCUUCGGGGCUUCCCUAAAAUCAAGUCUUCCAUAAAAAGAGA